CACAUACAUACAAGUUUGAGAAAUGCGCCCGGUGCUCUUUAUAUUUUAUACGGUCGAGACGCUGAUCAAUAUGUUCCUCAUGGGCUAUCACAUUCAAGGCUUCAUGUCCGUAUCGCUCGAUGCCCUCACCCUCCAAACCCAACUGAGCAACUACCUCUGCACGGUGGUGUUCUACACCUUUACCGUGCUCACUAUCUUCGGUAGCAUUAAUGUCUGCACCGGGCACUCGACCGGCCUAAACGCUGAACUGUGUCGCACUCUAAUCGGAGCCGUAUGCUACAUCAUAACAUCGCUGUUGACGAUGAAUCAGGCGGAACGGGACUUCCAUCUAAUGUUUCUGACUGAAGAGAAAAGGGAGAUUGAGAAGGAAAUUCAUCCGUUCUUCAAGUACCUGCGUGCCCAGGCCGUUUGUGCACUGGCCUGUGGAGUGCUCUACAUGCUGCACUGCAUCAUUGUGAUCGAUGUGCUGCUGUGCAACGAGGAGGACUCGGAUGGGGAGUACAAUGUGUUCGAUCCCGACGAAUCCGACAGCGACGAAUAUUUGCCCGUUCGCCUCUACGUGUUUGGCGAAAUGGUGCAGAGCUGUUUAGAGCAAUAUCGUUGGUAUCGCGACUUCUGCAGCACGGAACGUAUGUCCAUAUAGCGCUGUCAUUUAUCGUUUCUACAAUUUAUAUUCAAUAAGUUGUUCAAAUUAAAUAAUUGCAUUUCCCGUUUGUUAUAUAAA